AUGGGCGAACUGUAUAUUCCGCCGCACUCCGAAAGGGCGACUUCUUUCAGAACUUCUGUUUCUCUACUAGUACUGAACGUUUCACCCCCUGUCUCUCUGCAUUACAACCCAUCGCACUAUACUACCCCGUGUCAUCAAUCUGCGAAUGCCACGCCUGCCGAGGCGCACUUAAAAGGAGGAUGUUGUUGUUGCUCAGAGGCAAAAACUCCAAGUCAACUACGACUUUGCGGGCAGUCCCAGCAAAUCCCGAAAACGAAAAAGAUGUACACUCGGAGGCACGGGAAUUAG